UUUGCUGAGGACUCGAAGAUGCAACAAUGUUUACACUUACAUGUAGAUUAUAGCAUAGGAGGAUUCCCAUUGUAUAUAAAUUAAAGCCACGCUGCGCACAUUGGUCGAAAAUCAUUAAUACACUUGGUUUUUGACGCUCACAAUUUGCCAGCCGUAGGCUAUAAUGUGGUUUAAAACGCUGUCUGUCUCAAUGUCUGUGGUUGUGAUUCCGCUCGAGUCGCAGAGCAAGUUUCGCAACACUGUCCAUUGUGUCAGCAGCGUUCUGCCAGUGACAUGUCUACGUUGGCCAACAUGAUUAACGUAGGCUGUUGUAUACUAGGAAAACGGUCAUGGAACUUUUGUGGUAUUAUGGCCUAUUAUUUGCUGCAAGAAUUGCUUUUGUGUGCCUAUAUCCACACCUGUCAGGUGUCUGUUUGUCGUGUCUUUCAAGCAUUGCUACAUCCGGGUUCCAGUGAUGGAUGGAGCACAGCUAGGGGCUUGAUUGCUGGGGGUAACUGAAGCUGUGGUUACCAUGGCGACACACUUUGACACAGAGUACCAGCGCCUAGAGGCUUCAUACAGCGACUCUCCACCCGGAGAGGAGAACCUACUGGUGCACAUACCUGAUGGAAACAAGUCCCCGUGGCACCACAUAGAGAACCUGGACCUGUUCUUCCAGAGGGUCUAUAACCUGCACCAGAAGAAUGGCUUCACCUGUAUGCUGCUGGGAGAGGUCUUUGAGCUGGUCCAGUUGCUGUUUGUGGUAGGAUUCACAGUCUUCUUGGCUAACUGUGUGGACUAUGACAUUCUGUUCGCUAACAAGUUUGUCAACCACACCGACUCCUCCAAAGUCACACUGCCUGACGCCUUCCUGCCUGUGCACGUCUGCAGUGCAAGUAUCCGUGACAAUGUGGCAGUGAUGUUUGUGUUGAUGAUAUCUGGAGUGUUCUGGCUGCAUCGCCUCAUCAAGUUCAUCUACAACGUCUGCUGCUACUGGGAGAUACGCUCCUUCUACACCAACGCACUCAAGAUGAGCAUGGCAGAGCUGCCAUACUUCACAUGGCAGGAGGUUCAGGCCCGGAUCGUUGAGAUCCAGAAGGAACACCAGAUCUGUAUCCACAAGAAAGAACUCACAGAACUGGACAUAUACCACCGUAUCCUGCGCUUCAAAAACUACAUGGUUGCCAUGGUAAAUAAGUCCCUUCUUCCCGUGCGUUUCCGCCCUCCACUGCUCGGGGAGAGUGUGUUUUACACCCGCGGUCUCAAGUACAACUUUGAACUCAUCUUCUUCUGGGGGCCAGGCUCUCUGUUUGAGAGUGAGUGGAGUUUGAAGCCGCAGUAUAAGAGAGGUGGUAACAGGUUGGAGCUGGCAGACAAACUGGCAUCACGUAUACUGUGGAUCGGCAUCGCCAACCUCUUACUCUGUCCUGUCGUACUGGUCUGGCAAAUACUGUAUGCCUUCUUCAGCUAUACAGAGGUGAUAAAGCGUGAGCCAGGUAGUUUGGGAGCGAGGUGUUGGUCUCUGUACGGUCGAUGUUACCUUCGCCACUUCAAUGAGCUGGACCACGAACUGAUGUCACGGCUCAGCAAGGGCUACAAAGCGUCCUCUAGGUAUAUGAACUGCUUCCUGUCCCCGUUGCUGACAGUGGUGGCUAAGAAUGUGGCCUUUUUUGCUGGCUCCCUAUUGGCUGUCCUCAUUGCGCUGACCAUCUACGACGAAGACGUCCUCGCUGUGGAACACGUCCUGUCGUCCAUCACCCUGCUGGGAGUGUGUAUCACUGUCUGCAGGUCUUUUAUCCCAGACAAACACCUGGUCUACUGUCCAGAGCAGCUGCUCAGGUUGAUCCUGGCUCACAUCCACUACAUGCCAGACCACUGGCAGGGCAACGCCCAUCGCUACGAGACACGAGACCAGUUCUCACAGCUCUUCCAGUACAAGGCUGUGUUUAUCCUAGAGGAGCUGACCAGCCCCCUGGUGACUCCCUUCAUCCUGAUCUUCAGUCUGAGGAGGAAGUCUCUGGAGAUCAUUGACUUCUUCAGGAACUUCACCGUGGAGGUGGUAGGGGUGGGAGACACCUGCUCCUUCGCUCAGAUGGACAUCAGACAGCACGGUCACCCCGCGUGGAUGUCUGAGGGGAAGACCGAGGCAUCUAUUUACCAACAGGCGGAGGAUGGGAAGACUGAGCUGUCCCUGAUGCAUUUUGCCAUCACCAACCCCCAGUGGCAGCCCCCCACCGAGACCACUCACUUCAUCAGCCAGCUGAAGGAGAGAGUACAGAGAGAGACUACAGGAGACAGACAGACUCUCACCUCACUGUCUGGGUCAGAGCCAAGGAGUCUGAUAGCUAACUUCCUGGCAGGUCCCCCCUCAUUGGCCUCUCUUCAUCUGGGGCGGGACGGCUCCUUGACCGAUCACGGGCCGGUGGGUGUUAAUGACGGAGCGUCAGCCUUGCGCUCCCUCUCAGUCAGCAGCACGAGGGGCAGCUGUAGCUCCGCCCAUAGGUCGGCCGGACACGCCUCUUCUGCAAGCAGAGCCAUGCCGGGAUCAAGUACUGAUGCUCGAACUGCUAGCUCAGGCAGUAGUGUGUGGGAAGGUCAACUGACUAGUCUCGUCCUAUCAGAAUACGCCUCCACGGAGAUGAGCAUCCACGCACUCUAUAUACAUGAGCUCCAUAAGCAGCAGUCUGGAGGGGAGUUGUCCCGGCACACCUGGCACAGGCAGGACAGUGACGACAGUAGUGACAGCGUCACCGAGGAGGGGGGUUCAGGGGGAGGGAACCCUAACCCCCGAAACCCCAUCCCCCGCUCACACACCUUCCCUAUCUCCACCCCUAUCUCCACCCCUGGUCCUAUCCCCAGCUCUAACUCGGGCCCUAACCCUGACCGAGGUACCACACCGGGGCAGGAAGUGACACCACUCCAGAGCAACAGCCAGCGUCGCUACGGAGGAAACACGGACUCUGUUGGCCCGGGGGCCAGAGUGGUGAGGUCAGCGCGUGUGCCCAUGGGGGGUUGGGCAGAGGAGGGACGUGGAGGCCGACAUCCCGACACUGUACCUGAGGAGGGCUCAGAGGACGACAUGCCUCCCAACACUCACAAGGUGACGUAACUGACCAGAGAGAUCCCACCUACCUACCCACCCUCAUCCUCAUCCUACCAGAGAAUAACUUUCUGCUCAUCUGUGAACUUUCAACCAUGGCUUCUCUUUUGACCCCAGAUGGAUAGACCUGUGGGAUAGCAGCAUGCCGUGUUAUUCACUCUAGGCUAGAGAAAAACAAUCAAGUAACAGUGUGAAGAUGACAAAGACUUUUUCUUGACACCCUCCUUGGAUGACACUUUAGCCAAUCAAGUGACGGUGGUUGAUGACUUCAUCAUAACUGGCAGCAUGGAACCCGUAGCAUAUUUAUCGGAUUUUAUAGUUGCGUCCUAGACACUAAUCUAAGGUCAGCUUUGUGGUUUCUCUCCGUAACGGUUAAGGUUAGGAUUUAGGGAGGGUAAGCUGAUCCUAGAUCUGUGCCUAAGGGCAACUUCUAUCCAGAAAUUACUUUUUCUUCUUGCAUUCAUUUGCAAAUCAGGUGUGGGUGUAAACUGCCAGUAAUGUACCUUUAAAAAAAAAAAAAAGAAUUAGUAGUUUGUCAUUUUUUUAUUCUUUUGUUUUUUCUCUUUGUGUUGUUUAUAUUUAUUGCACUUUCAGAGAAAUUGUGUUCUCAUAUAUAUAUAUAUAUAUAUAUAAGGAAUAUAACAGGAGAGCAGACUUCCACCGAGGUAUACCUACACUGGCACUAGGAAUCCUAGGGGAUUGGGCGGUAGAUUGUACAAAGACCUCCUAGACAUGAAGCAGGCACUAAACCGAUAUACACCGUGUGCAUAGACAUACUGGUAUGAAUCAAAUCAGGACGUUGGACUGUUCUAAGUAUAUCAUCGAGGUGUAGAUGGUUAAUAAAUAGAGAUAUUCAAGAAACGCAUCAUAGUUAGUUAUUGUUUUUGUGUCAUACAAACAAUAUUUUAAAUGAAAGAUAGCAAACUUACCGGGCUGGUUGGAACGUGUAACUUCAGCCUCUUCAGUGCCAUAUUUAACCGCUUAAAGCGGCAAUCCACAGUUGAAAUGAUACAAAGCACCCCUCACCACUGUUUCAGUAAAAGGUUGAAGGAUGGGGCUGGAGAAAUGGAACCACACUCAAAUUCAUUGACAGAGCUGUGGAUGCAAGGACUGACCAUCCAUUCUGUUUUUAACCAUGUUUUGAGACGAUACAGUGUUUUUGUUACAUAUACAAGUUUAUAUUUUGGCUUCUGAUGGGGUACGACAGUUGAACUAAGCUCAUGGGGCAUUUAUAACGAGUACUCUCCAAGAAUCAAUGGGUUUAUAUCCAAAAAUGGACAUGUCCAAAUAUUGGUAACUGCAGAUUGCACCUUUAAGCAUAAACAUCCCAUAACUGUACAGAAAUGAAACUUCAAUCAACACUAAUAGCUGGAUAGAUUAGUCAGCAUCAGACAAGUUGCAUUUUUUUCUGCCCAACUGUCUGAGGCAGAAAGAAUUGCACCUUAUUGACUUUUAUUGAAUUCAAAGGAUGUCACUUUUGUCAGUAUAUUGAUUUUGAUCAGUUCAUAUUUGCAUGCCUUUAUUUCAACCGGGGCUUGUGCCACCGUCAGAGAGUUGAGGUUGAGAUGCAUGGUGAUUUACAGGUGUUUUGUUUUUGUGGUUCACACUGACUCUGGACUCACAAGUAGACUAGCCUGGUUCCAGAUCUGUUGAGGUGAUAUAUAACCAGCCCCCAUAUGGUCGACCAUGCAGCACUAACAGAUCUGGGACCAAGCUAAAGAUGACAGAUGCUUCCAAUAGAUACAGUCAGAGACUCUACAGCUGGGUAUUAAUAUCUAGAUGGCAAAGGUCUGCAGCGCUGCUCGCUUCAUUGAUUGAUAUAUUCAUGUAAUUGAGUGGCCAGCCAGAGAGUCCAAUCUGAAUCAGACCCUGGAUGAAAAUAGAAGGCAGAUGUGGAGGAAUGGAUCUGAAUAAUGUAAAGGGUCUCCUGGGACACAGUGGAACAAGUUUAACAACGAGGUAGUAGAAUGCCUGAGCUGACACAUUUAACCUAUCAGUUUUUGUUUUUAUAGAUUGUCCUGUAAAAUUGCCAUUUUGUACAGUUGUAAAUCAUCAAUAAAAAUUUAUUUAAUAACUUUA